AUGGAAUGCGCGAGAGAUAUACAGAAAUAUAAUGCUUUGCUACAGGAGGAAAGAGUUUAUAUCUUUCUCGUUGGAUUAGACGACCGACUUGAUAAGGUUCGAAGUGACAUACUCCAACUGAAGCCGUUUCCCACAAUCGAGCAGGCUUAUGCAUAUGUUCGAAGAGAAGACACUCGUCAGACAGUGAUGACAUCUAGGGCAGAGUAUAUGACAAGUGGUGCGGUUAUGGCCACUAAAGGCUCAAAAGCCGGUCAACAACCAACACUAGUGGUUGGGAAACACAACUCCAUCUUGAAGUCUAAAGGUCCAUUCGAUGGAGGAAAGUGCAUACAUUGUGGAAAUGCUAGACACACUCGUGAUACUUGUUUCAAGUUACAUGGGUAUCCAGAAUGGUGGCAUGAGUUGCAAGCUAAGAAGAAAAAAGAAACCACUUCACCAGAGGAAGGCACAGGUAAAGCUGCGGUAGUCACUGCAGAGUCUCGAUUGUCACUUGUUCCUAUGACCAGUUCCUCCGUCUCAAUGGAACCAGGUAACUACAGUCAAGUUUUUUGUAGUUCUAAGUCUCAGGAUGCAAGCGCAUGGAUUAUUGACUCUGGGGCAACAGACCAUAUGACUUUUGAUCCCACAGACUUCUCCCAUUCAACCCCACCACGUAGGACUUGCAUUGCAAAUGCAAAUGGAGUUACAUACCCGGUCACAAGUGCUGGAACUGUGACAUUAUCACCCUCUCUCCUUAUCUCACACUCUCCUUGUUCCUACACUAUCUAA